AACACACCUGAGAGAGUCACUUCACCAGUACUACUAAAAAAAGAGUAGAGAGAGGAAGCAGAAGCGUAAGAAACAAAAACACUUCUCUUCCUUUUCUCUCUACAUUUCAUUUUCAAUCAGAAAAUCCAAAAUCCCUAAUGAAAUCCGAGGAAUCCCAAUUCCCAGAAAAGAAGCCACAGGGGAAAACGAUCCCACCUUACAUGAAAGCCAUCUCAGGCUCGCUCGGCGGAAUCAUGGAGGCCUCUUGUUUGCAGCCGAUCGACGUCAUCAAGACCCGGCUCCAGCUCGACCGGUCCGGGAAUUACAAGGGUAUAAUCCACUGCGGCACCACGAUUACUCGCUCCGAGGGCGUGCGUGCCCUGUGGAAGGGCUUGACUCCCUUCGCUACUCACCUCACUCUCAAGUACACGCUUCGAAUGGGCUCCAAUGCCAUGUUUCAGAGCGCUUUCAAGGACUCUGAGACCGGGAAGAUCAGCAAUAAGGGGAGGUUGCUCUCUGGGUUCGGUGCCGGAGUUCUCGAAGCUCUCGCUAUCGUUACGCCUUUUGAGGUGGUUAAAAUUAGAUUGCAGCAACAGAGAGGUUUGAGUCCUGAGCUUCUGAAGUAUAAGGGUCCUGUGCACUGUGCUCGUAUGAUCAUCCGGGAAGAAGGCAUCCUUGGUCUCUGGGCAGGGGCUGCUCCAACUGUUAUGCGUAACGGGACAAACCAGGCUGCCAUGUUUACAGCGAAAAAUGCUUUUGAUGUACUAUUGUGGAAGAAACAUGAAGGUGAUGGGAAAGUCCUCCAACCAUGGCAGUCUAUGAUAUCAGGAUUUCUUGCAGGUACAGCAGGUCCUGUGUGUACUGGACCCUUUGAUGUUGUGAAAACAAGGUUGAUGGCUCAAACCCGGGACGGAGGUGCAUUGAAAUACAAAGGUAUGAUCCAUGCCAUCAGAACAAUAUAUGCAGAGGAAGGGCUUCUUGCCUUGUGGAAAGGGCUUUUGCCCCGACUCAUGAGGAUCCCACCUGGCCAGGCCAUUAUGUGGGCUGUGGCUGACCAAGUGACUGGGUUUUAUGAGAGGAGAUAUCUUCUUGGUGCACCCUUGUAGGUAUCAUUCACAUUGUUUUGCUUGUAUGGUUUUCAAUUCCAUUGCAAGUAUAGAGUUAAGAAAUUGUUGUAACAUUUUUAAUUUCAUUAGUGUGAACACCAGAAUAAAAAAUCAUAUCAAUAAUUUUGAGGUGCAAGCAAAGGGGGGAGGGGGGCUUUGGGGCAGUAAUGACCAAUCCCUCUAGCUUUGGAAAUUUAUUUUAUGUAAGUUGAAGGAUUUUUUUUUGAUGUAUUGAUAAUUUGAAGUGGAGAGAUUUGAAUUCUAGAUAUCUCAAUUGAAGACA